GAGAGAGGUGGGACCAUGAAAAUAAUGAAUUAGUAGAGUAUGUUCAACGACUAGCUGAGCUGAGCUUCCGUAGUCAGCCCCAACCUCCCAAAACCUAAUCACAAUCUCUUAAAAAUCAAAUUUCACUAAUAUGUUUGAUUCAACCUCGUCAUUAAUUUCAUCUUCAUCUUCUUCAUUCUCCUUUUUCUCUCCCCUUUUGAGAAAAACUGUUUUCAAAAUCAAUGGAUUACUUCUUCUUCUUCUUCUUCUUCUUUUGACCGAUCAACUAUGGGAAAUUGCUUGGGCAGACCUGCAAAGUGCGCUCAUGCUUCUUCUAAUCUAUUCGUUGAAACGACAACGCCCCCUAGCACAACAAAAGAUCAUCCAUACCUGUCCACCCAGCAAAGUUUGAACAAAGCUCUCAUAGCAUCCAAAGGUGAUACGCCAAUCUCCAACAACCUCAAGUCCUUUACUUUCAUUGAUCUCAAGAAUGCCACCAAAAACUUCCGCUCAGAUAGCCUUCUUGGUGAGGGAGGAUUUGGAUGUGUUUUCAAAGGAUGGAUUGACGAGAACACUUUUGCUCCCAGCAAGCCGGGAACUGGGAUUGUAGUGGCCAUCAAGAAGCUCAAAGCAGAAAGCUUUCAAGGUCACAAGGAAUGGCUUACAGAAGUAAACUAUUUAGGUCAGCUUCACCAUGAAAAUCUUGUGAAACUCAUUGGUUAUUGCUCAGAGUUUGAACACAAACUUUUAGUUUAUGAGUUCAUGCCAAAGGGAAGCUUGGAAAAUCAUCUAUUCAGAAAAGGUGUUCAACCUAUUCCUUGGGCUACACGAAUGAGUAUUGCUGUUGACGUUGCACGCGGACUAUCCUUUUUACAUAAUUUAGAUGCUAAUGUAAUCUACCGUGAUUUGAAGGCUUCCAACAUUCUACUUGAUUCAGAUUUCAAUGCAAAACUUUCAGAUUUUGGCUUAGCAAGGGCUGGUCCCACUGGAGAUAACACUCAUGUUUCUACUAGAGUUGUGGGAACUCAGGGUUAUGCGGCACCAGAAUACGUAGCGACAGGACACUUGACUCCAAAAAGUGAUGUGUACAGUUUUGGAGUCGUGUUAUUAGAGUUGCUAUCUGGAAGACGAGCAAUGGGUGACGAGAGAGCUGCGAGCGUUGACGAAACCUUAGUGGAUUGGGCAAAGCCAUUUCUAGGCGACAACAGACGAAUUUUGAGAAUCAUGGACACGCGGCUCGGGGGGCAAUACUCCAGGAAGGGAGCCCAAGCUGCCGCUGCCCUUGUGUUGCGGUGCCUACACAUAGAUCCCAAAAAUAGGCCACCCAUGAUGGACGUUCUAGCUACAUUGGAACAACUUCACACGUCAUCAAAGGAUGUUCCCCAGACUCCAGAAGCAAAACUGGAGCAUCGUGGGGUUGAGCAGUCGAGCUACCAUCGCAAGUCACUCGCUACUGCAACCUCAAGGUAAGCUGUGGCUCUCUUUUUAUGUGGAUGCAAAGUCUCUUAACAUACUAUAGAGAACUAUGAAUGAAGAAGCAUAAUCUUUUGUGGGUACUUGAGAACUCAAGACUGUUUACAAUAUUUAUGUUUUUAGACAACAGCUAUCCCCAACACGAGGAGGAAAAGGAAAAGAAAAUAGCUUCAUGCCUGUGUUUGGUAUGUGUUUGUGUAGAGAGAUUGCAUCUCAUUUGUAAAACAGUAAAAUCAUUUCAUAUUUCAUAUUCUUGUGGAUCAACCCAUAA